AUGUCAACCUCGCACCGAACAAAGACUUUAUGUACACUGGCUGUCGGUCUGGUACUACUGCUCAUUCAGGCUGUGAAUGCGGACUCAUAUGCAAUCUGUUCGACGCAAGGCGUUGUGGCGUACAUCGGCGAUGAUAAACUGAUAUAUCCACCCGGUACUACUUCACCCACUGGCUCAGGACUAGCUCAAUGCGGUCCAAAUGGACUAGUUAUCAGUGCACCGCCGAACUUUCCCCUGGGGAACGGACAAAACCUGCGUUGUUCUGAUGCCAGUGGCAACUUUGUACAUAUUUUCCACCUUCCAUUCUAUGUGGAGUUUAUGAGCUCGACAUAUUUAUAUACUGCAUCUUACAAUACGAAUGGACUUAGUCCGACUGUCCUAGCACACUUGUAUGCCACGCAUAAGUUUUUACGGGAGGACCGCCGCCGACGGCUUGCCUGGUUUGCGUGGAUGAGGAAAAUGUUUGCAUUCCGCAUUGCAUAA